CAGCUGGAUUGUGCAGCCCCGAAAGGAUCCUAGUCAGAAUUCAGUGGAAGAGCUUUUCACCUCCAUCCAACAUGAGACCCGUCCCAUCCAGACUCAGCUAUCUGUUUCUACACUUAUUUGCAUUUUGCUACUAUGCUCAGGUAACCAAUCAGUCCCCGCCUAAUUUCACGCAGCAUGUAAGCGAGCAGAGCAAAGUGACGGACCGCGUGAGCCGCAGGUUGAUCCGGAUCUACCAGCUGUACAGCCGGACCAGCGGCAAGCAUGUGCAGGUCCUGCCCAACAAGAAGAUCAACGCCAUGGCCGAGGAUGGAGAUGUGCACGCUAAACUCAUUGUGGAAACUGACACAUUUGGGAGCCGAGUGCGCAUCAAGGGAGCAGAGACGGGCUUCUACAUCUGCAUGAACAAGAGGGGGAAGCUGAUUGGCAAGAAAAACGGACAAGGUCGUGACUGUAUCUUCACUGAGAUAGUCCUGGAGAACAACUACACGGCGCUCAGGAAUGCUCGUUAUGAGGGAUGGUACAUGGCUUUCACCCGCCGCGGACGGCCGAGGAAAGGCUCGCGGACGCGCCAGCACCAGCGCGAGGUCCAUUUCAUGAAGAGACUGCCGAAGGGGCAGCAGCCCUCUCACCCAAGCCACCACCAUCCUUUCGACUUCAUCCAUUACCCCUUCAGUCAAAGGACUAAACGUACGCGAUACUCAUCAGAGCGCUGAGGAGGUGGAGAGAGACAGAGAAGAGAGAGAGAAAGAGGAGAAAUUGACAGACUGAAUUACCAGCAGCCAUGCUCCUCUGCUCUCAAAAACAACCUCUAGAGACAUUUUUAUACUGAGCAUUAGUUUAUCUUAACAUGUAGUUUGAUUUCUAUUUUUUUGUUCAAAGUAAAAAAGCUGUUCAUAGACAAAAAAAAAACAUGAGAAAUCUAUUUUUGUACUCCAGACUUAGUAUUGACCUGUGGAAAAAAAAAAAGUUUUUAGAUGCACAUAACUCAUUGUCUGACUUAACAGGACAUCUUAGUAGAGUGCAUUGUGUUGUUUUUGUUUUUUUCUUUCAUAUUGACCAGUGGAGUCAUUUUUUUGGACUCUCGCCUGCUGCUCAAGGAGACUUGAAGGGCCUUGAUUGACCGCACUGCCAGGGAACGCUGCGUUCAGAGACACAAACUGUCACACACUGCGUCGGAGAGCGCUGGGUUUCAGUAAACAGUGCAUAAGCACAUGGUGGCAACACCGCAGUGUUGAAACUGUUUGCUAGAUGCUGCAUCCUGUUUGGGAUCAUUCUGUAUCUUUCUCACACAGUUCAAGCAAACGGAGCUUUAAUAGCGUCUGAUGGAACAAUGUGGCAGCUACAUUUGAUAAUCACAGGUUUCCUGUUUUGACUGUAAUGUUGAUUUGUACAAAAUGCAUUGAAGUGUAAGGAGCCCCUCGACGCACCCGCCACCCCUCACCCUCUUGUGUUCUUGUGUUCCCCCUGAAUGUCUGUUUUUAUACAUAUAUAAAUAUAUUUUUAUUUGAGGAUGUGUAAAAUAAUUUUAAGGAUGGAAUAUUUAUUUAAAAUGUGUAAUAAAUGUACAUUAAAUACUGAUA